GAAAAAGAAGAAGAAUACACGCACAGUUUAUUCCAGCUAGCAAUACACACUACAGUUCCUCAUUGACCGAAUACAUAACACUUGUCAGCCCAUUUACAGUAGUUAUUUUCCAUGUAAACGGGGACACAUGGCUUGGAAGUUCUCUAGCUCUGCUGUAUUUAGUCAUGUUGAAAGCUAAGCUGUUUUCUUCUGUCGUAUUAGGGUGAAAAACGUUCAACAUAUCACUUAACGUUAAUAUUUUAUUUUUUUGAACGUGUUCUCGGUUCGACGUGUCUUGUGAUUCGCUGCUUAUGUGUUUACACGUCAAGUAGUCUUCAGUUUUAUUAUUAUGAGCUUUUGUGGCACAUCAGCGUGGAUUGCUAACGAAAACCAUUAGCCACCCAGUUACAGUAUUUGUCUGUCAGUAGUCACUCUGGAACUCUGAGGUCUCGUCAACAGAUACACCAAGAGCCUAGUGUCUUUUUCUACAAACCCACAUAAUCAUGACUGCCAUGCGAGUGGAUGCUAAGGUGGUCAUGCUUGGCAAGGAGAGUGUGGGUAAAACCAGUCUGGUGGAGAGAUACGUACAUCGCCGGUUUCUUGUGGGACCAUAUCAAAAUACUAUAGGAGCUGCAUUUGUUGCGAAAGCCCUCAAUGUCGGUGACGAGGUGGUUACUCUGGGAAUAUGGGACACUGCUGGGUCUGAACGCUAUGAAGCUAUGAGCAGAAUCUAUUACAGAGGAGCCCGUGCUGCCAUUGUCUGCUAUGACUUAACUGACAGCAGCAGUUUCGGAAGGGCCAGGUUCUGGGUGAAGGAGUUACAGAACUGUGAAGAGCACUGCAAGAUAUAUUUGUGUGGCACCAAGAGUGACCUCAUUGAGGCCGAUCGAAGUAUGCGGCAAGUAGACUACCAUGAUGUUCAAGACUUUGCAGAUGAAAUAGGUGCGCAACAUUUCGAGACCUCCAGCAAAACAGGAAAAAAUGUUGAUGAGGUGUUUCAGAAAGUGGCUGAAGAUUUCAGUAGCUGUGCUUUAGAGUUCAUGCAAGAGGAUAUGGGAGUGGAUCUUGGGCAAAAGAAGGACUCUUAUUUUGACAACUGCUGCCAUAACUGACAUAUCACUGGAAAAACUGCUGUAUCAUAUGGUCUAUUUUGGGAUGACUGGAGGCUCACCAUGUUUUAUACUCCUCAAAGCAUCAGCUGGAGUUUUUUGCUCUUUCCUUUUUAUUCUUUUAUAUAUAUUUUUUCUGGUGUGCAGUAUGUUGAUUGGGUUUUUGGAAAUGAAGAACCUGAAGGAUUCCACCUUUUCCUGUGUUCAAGCAAUUAACUUUUUUUAUUUCUUGAACAUGUUUUUUUUCUUUUUCGGAUCUGACAACGUUGACUGAGGCAAAUAUUAACAGUGCAUGGCAAUCCAUUUUACCAAAAAGAAAAAACAUAAAGCAAGCUUUAGGAACAGAUGCCAUUGCAUGGAGGUGAUUGUUGCCAAAUUUCACAAACAAUGCCUUGAGUGAUUUAUCACCUUUUAUAAUUUAAAGUGUCUCCAUUUUAUAGAUCUUUUGAGGAUCGUAAUGUUUACACCCUUCCUUUAUCACACUGCACUCAUGUAUGAACAAUUUAGUUUCAUAUGUCCACACUAAACAUUUGCAGUUUUCACAGAUCUGAGACCAGUUCAAACAUUUUUCUCAUAAUGAUACAGAUUUAGAUGUUGAUGGGGUGGAAAAGUACAUGGUAAAAGUAAAAGGCAGUUUCCAAUUAUUAUGUUCUUGAAUUGUAAUGAAGCUGAAAAGUUGAUGUCAGAAUGUCAAAAGCUAAUUACCAUAGUUCUUGAGUCAUUUAUAAUAUCAUGGUAAAUUUGAUAUCUGGAAGUAUCAACUCCGCAACAACAAAAACGUUUCACACUCAACAAGGUUUCACAACACUUAGUUUGCAGUGUUUGAUAAUGGAGCCCAUAGCUUCCUGUAUCAUGUUUGUCCAUUAUUUGCAGUUGACUGUCUUUACCAUGUUCCAAAAGUGAGUCAAUGUGCAGCAUUUGAUGAAUGUGAUGUUAAUGUUUACGGUGUUAUUAUUAUUAUUAUUUAAUUUGGGUAAGAUUUUGUAAACUGGGACACUAACUUGUCAGUUGUGAACAUGUUUGUGUGUACUUUGUACAUACAGCCUUAGUUCGCUCUCAGUUCAUAUUGUGCCUGUAUUAAAUACUGCUCAACGAGGCCUGUAGCUAAAAAUAUGGUGUGCAUAUUUUACAUGUCAGUCCAGAGAGAUCCUGAUAUUAUUUUCACUGGGUGUCCUACAGGAAAGAAGGACAAUAUUAUGUUACUUUGUUACAUUUUACUGUGAAAUUACAUUAA